AUGUUGUCAACUUGGCUCUUACCGGGAAAAAUCGUCAGGAUCGCUCCCGACGAAGUCUCCAUAUCGGACCCAGAUGCCGUCAAGGUAAUCUACGGUAUCAAGAGUGGCUUCACAAAGACUGAUUUCUACCUUCCUUACGCCCCAAACCUGAGCCCCAACGGCGACCACUUUGCUCAAUUGGACGAAAGGCAGCAUGCCGCGCGACGCCGCUAUGUCAACAACAUCUACUCCAUGUCAUCGGUACUGGAGUCUGAGCAGUACUUGGACGCGUGUACCGAAGUCUUCAUGGCCAAGAUGACCAAGUUUGCCGAACGAGGCCAAGUGGUGGACUUGGGGAAAUGGAUUCAAUGGUACACCUUCGAUGUCGUUGGAGAACUCUUCUUCGGACAGCGUUUCGGGUUCAUGGACAACGAGAACGAUCACGACCACUACAUCGAAUACCUCGACACGCUGAUGGGUCCACUGACUGUGGCUGCCGUGCUCCCUACCUACAUUCGAAUCCUGCUGCCAGUUAUCGGAAUUGCCAUUCCGCAUCUACGGAGGGCAUUCCAAGGGUUUGACAAGAUCCGGGACGCAGCUAAUGAGCAAGUUCGACUACGCCAGGCUUACAUGAAGGAGGGCAAAGUCGACCGCUCCGAUAUCUUGGACAAGCUCUUCAGAGUCCUUCAGGAGAAGGAGGGCUAUAUCCUCCCUGACAUCCACAGCGAGUCCUGCGCGGCUAUCUUCGCCGGCAGUGACACAACUGCAAUCGCCAUCCGGUCCAUCUUCUAUCACCUCAUGAAGAACCCCGAGGAGUACAAAAAGCUCCAAGUGGAGAUCGACGCUGCCCAAGCUGCAGGCAAACUCUCUCCCAAAAUCCGAUAUGCCGAAGCCACGGAACUGCCCUACGUUGUCGGCGCCUGCAAAGAAGGCAUGCGGCUACACCCCAGCGUGGCCUUUACGCUCCCGCGCCACGUCCCUCCUGGAGGGGCCAUCAUUGCUGGCCGAUGGUUCCCCGAGGGCAUCCGUGUGGGUAUCAACCCGGCAGUCCUGCAUCGAGACCCGUCCGUGUUUGGCGCGGAACCCGACGAGUUCCGGCCUGAGCGCUGGCAUCGAGGUCGUGGUCAACACGAUCCUUCCACGAUGGACCGAUACAUGAUCCAAUUCGGGUCCGGUCCAAGGACAUGUUUGGGAAAGAAUAUCUCCUUGGCCGAGAUGCACAAACUAGUCCCCCAGUUUCUGCGGGAAUUCGACGUCGAACUCGUGGACCCAAACAAGGAGUGGACUACGCACAACGCCUUCUUCGACAAGCAAACCGAGAUCUUUGUUAGGGUGAAGAAGAGGGUUCAUGGCUUCCUGAAUGACGGCCCAGCACAGGAGCAUGAAGUUUCGUCGCAGCCAGCCGCGUAG